UGUGACUUGUAGCCUGUGCUGGCCCACGGGCCUUAGCCCCGGAGAGGCGGCUUUCGGAUUGGUUCUCGUUGGGCGAUGAAAGGUCGUUGCUAAGGGACACAUGGAUUCUCCCCAUAAAAAACUCACUAGUGCCCCUACUGACUCUUACAGUGACCUUUCUAUAGGCAACACAGAAAUGGGGGAAACUGACAAAAACAAAGACCUUAAAAGGAAGAGCCUCCUGGAAACUCAGUUUAGUCACAUCAGAUUCCUAAAGAAAAAGCAUGGACAAAGAAACCAGUUGAACCAGAAUAUUAGUGCCAUGCAGGAGGGGAACAAGCAUGUUGCAAAAAAACCUCUGGAUACAACCUCACAGGUGAGGUCAAGUGCCAUUCUGAGAAAGCUAGCACAGAUAGAAAGCAAGAUCAUGACCCAAAAGGUACAGAUGGAUUUUUCUGAUACUGAGCUGGACCUGAAGAUUUCGGAUGAAGAGAACUUAUCAGCUAGAUCCAGCCUGGAGGAGAGUGCAAGAGGUAGCAGGUAUCUGAAGAAAAAUGACACAGUCAAGGAAAAUGUAACAUUGAGUAAAGUCCAUUUCAAGGGAAAAGGUAGCUGCCAGACAACAAUAAACAAAGUGCCAAUUAGAAAGCAACUUAGUCUAGAUAGUGAUGAAGAGGAAAUGAGACAAUUACUAGGGAGCUCUUUGGAGUUUUCCAGUGAAAAUGAGAACCAGAAGGAUGUCACCAAUUUUUCUAAACCUGAUGGAAAGCUAUUCAUGAAGUCCAAGAUGAAGAGUCCACCGAGAACAUCUUUUCCACCCAAAAACCAGUCUUCUUCGACAAAUCUAUUUAGUGCUCCUUCGCUACUUGGCAGAAGUUAUCAGAAAAGAACCUCUGAUAGAAUUAAUCCACAAACUCCCUCUCCACCAAGUGGAAAUUUGCCAAGACUAACUAGUAUGUCUUUUCAAUCACCAACUCCACUAAAAGACAGCAUUGCAGAGACCGCUUCACUUAGAAUGAACCACAAACAAAGUCAAGUGUCCUUGUCUGAAAGGAGUGAAAUCAAGUCUUUGGAUGAGUUGUUUUCAAAAGCAGCAGAUACAGAAGAUGCAGCCAGUGAAAGUUCUAAUGACUUCAGAUUAAAUAUUUUGAGCAUUGAUGAUUUGGCUCCAAAUGUUUCUGGUGAUAGAGAAGCAUUAAAACAAAUGGAGACAGGCAUUCAAAUGGCUAAAAAAUCAAACAAGGACUCAGAACCAAAUGUGUUUCCUGUGAAUAAUGACCAAACCCCCCUUAAAAUGGCGAGUGUCUUAACUAGGACUAAUGCUGCUUCUGACAAUGAUAUGGAAGGGGAAAUCAUGACUGAAGCUGAAAUCUCUGAGUUUUUAAGUGGAAUUUCUACAGACUAUCUUAGCGUUAGACAAGUGUUUCCUGGACCUGAGGAGAGCACUGUUAAUUCAGAAUAUUCUGAAGACUUUGAAAAAUCUCUGUCUUUACCAGUAUCUGAGACUACAGACAGAAGAUCCUUGUCUGAAAUGUCAGUGGGGCAUUCUAACAGCUCUGUGUAUUCCAGAAAAGACCUUUCUCCCUCACUCUCAUCACCUCAAUCUAAGAAAAAAUGGCAUGAGACAGUAAGCAGAGUAACUGUGAAAGAGAUGGCUGUGCAGACAACUGCUUCUCCAUUCACCUAUCACUGGUCAAAGAGGCAUCAGAAGGAUGGGAUUGACUUCCUUGAGGGGCACUAGAACCUACACAGGCCUUAGUAAAACAGUGGGGAUUGGAAUAAUACCCAGAUGUCCUCAAAUGGGAUUAACAACUGAGGUAUGAAAUAAACAUAUUGCUAAAGCGACCCUACCAAUGUAGAACCCUUUACGCUGCAUUUAUUUCCUAGUGGAAAGUCAGACUCCUGAUUUUUUUUACUGCUUCUGCAGGUAGCUGUUUCCAAUCCAUGACUGUCCUCUUCUUUAAAAGAGAAAAGCACCAGUGGCUUUUGCCAUUCAGGCCCUGAAUUAAAUGCUUCUAGAUCUGAUUCUCCUAAUAUUCACUGUCUAGCUCUGAAGUUAAGCAUAAACUAGACUUUCUGGGGAGAGUGUGUUGGUAAAUUUUUUUUUUUAGUAUAUUUUCAUGUUUUUACAUGUUUAGCAUUGGUGUCACCACCUAUUGCUUUCCUCUCCCGUUCAUAUCUUUCAUUGUGGAGGGAGCUAUUCAGAAAGAUCUUACCUUGGCGUACAGAUAUUUGCCAUCUAAGGAAUUAAAGAAUCAACCCAAUAAACCCUUACUCUGGCUUGAAGAAAGAUUCUGGGCCAGUUUUGCAAUUGGCAGGUAUAAUUUUACCCCUAACAAAAUGAGUUGGUUUGGAUGGCCAUGAGGAAAUGUUGUGCCAGGUGAAUGGGAAGGCAUGUAGCAAAGCUCAAUGGUGGGACAAGUUCUUCAGUUGCCACUUGUUUCCUCUUGCUACUUGUUUCUGAUGCCUACUUGAACAGGUGGUUUAGCUGGGGUCAAGGAGGAACCUGCCCAAGAAUGGUCGAGGGUAGCUAGGGCUCUUCAGGAGGCAUGAGACAAUAGAACUAGGCAGGUACAUCUGAAAACAACUAUUCUGCACUGAGGUAUUUGAGCAUUUCCCUAUGCUAUUCCUAGGGUUAGAAGCUUUCUGUAAAAUGGUGAUUUCCCACACCAUGGCAAAUAAUGGGCUGAUAUCUCAAAUAAGCAGCAUAACAUGACUAGUGGUCUUCAGCAUCUAUGUUGACUGGUACAAGUCUCUGGUUAAAGCUGUGCACAAAUUCUACAGACUUCUUAAAAAGCAGAAUGCUGCAUACUUCUAGUUCUGAAAUAUUUUAUCAGAAACAUUAAUACUAAGAUUCUGUCCU